AUGUCGCUCCCUACUCAGCCACCGCCUCUCGAGGGGUUUCACGUAUUCGAUAGUACUCUCCACGGGGCUGCCUUUGUUGUCAUACUUGCUCUCACCCCAAUCACCCUCUUGGCCACUGGCCUUCGCUUUGCUGCAUCCCGUAUUUCCAAUGGCGUCGGCAAGGAAGACUGGUUGGCCUUGGCGGCGCUGAUCUUCUACCUCGCCUGGGCUCUUCCUUGUAUACAUGUGCUCUUGGUGAUCAACGGGCGCGACCAGAUGAAAGUCCCGCUUGCCGAUCUUGGUGAAGCUCUCAAAACAAUAUGGGCUCUUGGGCCCUUCUUCGCUCCAAACCAGCUUUGCGCCAAGCUCAGUAUCCUGUCCCUCUACCAGAGGCUCUUUGGUAUCAACAAGACAUAUGUCAAGAUCAUCACGGGCAUCGCCGUCGUCCAACUCCUCUGGGCUGUCGAGACCAUUAUUAUCGUUCUGCUUCAGUGCAACCCCGUCCCCAAGUAUUGGAACCCCCUCAUGCCCGACGGCUAUUGUAUCAACGUCGGCGCAUGGACUUCGGCAAACGAGUCUGUCAACUCGGCGAUAGACUUUGGCAUGGCGGCCCUCGCAGUCAUUAUGCUGCGACAUCUCCAAACGACUCGGUACACUAAGUGGAGGCUUGCAGUGGUGUUCAUCAUGGGUGGCUUCGCCGGAAUCAUUGGCUUCAUCAAGAUCGCCCUGUCCUUCAACGCCAACGUCCAUGAUCAAAUCCAGCUGGGUCUCUGGGCCACCAUCCAGAUGGCCUGCAGCGUUUGGUGCUGCUGCGCAAUUGCAUAUGGCCCACUGCUCAAAAAGUACCGCGUCAUGGGAACCCUGACGUCGUGGUACGGCAGCAACAGGUCUCGGUCUCGGCCAACACAGGCGUCGAUGCCUUCGGAGCAAAACACGCGCGGCGGCUACAUUGACUUGGAAGACAGCGGCCGGCAGAAGGUUCAUGUCAAUGAAUCUCAUGGCGGGGCUUUAUAUAAUUCAGAGUCACACAUGCUUCGCGACGUGCGGAACGAGAGGGAGUAG